AUGGAUGAAAUUGCGAGCUUGAUUAAGCAGAGAGGCCGCGUUAAGGCCAAACUUACUACAUUCGGUAAUUUUCUUUCUCUGUUAGUUAUAGAACCAGAAAAACAACUGGAAUUAAGCAGUCGUUUAGAGAAAGCCGAAAAAUUAUGGAAUGAGUUUGAAUUGUUGCAAAAUAAAAUAGAGGAUUUAGAUGAUUCUGAAGCUCAAACGCACCAGCGUAUAAAUUUUGAGGAUUCGUACCACGAAUUGAUAAGCAGGGCUCGACAAAUCAAGUUGAAAGAACGCCCAACGAGUCCUCAGCUCGCAACAGGUAUGCCUCAAGCAGUAAUUCCGCAACCAGCUGUCGUAAUUGAACCUGCAAUCGCUCAAACGCGCACGAUAUUGCCAACCAUAGAUUUGCCUAAAUUUGACGGUAACUAUGAGCGGUGGGUACCGUUUAGAGACUUAUUUGAAUCACUUAUAGCAACAAGUCUAGCUCUUUCAGCUGUUCAAAAAUUAUAUUAUUUGAGAUCUGCACUGACCGGUGAAGCAGCUAAGGUGAUAACCUCGUUAGAAAUAACCAACGAUAAUUAUGUAAUCGCUUGGGAAUUAUUAAAAAAUAGAUACGAGAAUAAGCGUUUAAUAGUGCAACAUCUAAUUCAAACGUUGCUCGAUUUGCCGUCCAUCAAUAAAGAAUCUUAUGCAGGUUUAAGGCAGUUAGUAGACAACGUGUCUCAGCAUGUUCAAACUUUAUCAAAGCUGGAGCAACCUGUUGGGAGCUGGAGUACAUUGCUAAUUCACAUUAUAUUACCAAAAGUGGACAGGGGUUCACGGAGGGAGUGGGAAUUAAAACGAUCCAAAAUGGAGGAAUUCCCCACUCUAACAGAAUUUAUAGAUUUUUUAAUAAAUCGUAGUACUUUUUUAGAAGCAUUGUCUCAUGCAAAUCGCAAUGUGCAGCCCUCUGGCGAUACUUGCAAUAAUAAGGUGACUCACUCUCAGAAUAAAAACGCCUCUCAAACGUAUGUUUCGGCGAAUAAAGAAAAUUGUCCAAUGUGUUCUAAAAAUCACAAAUUGCAUGAAUGUAACGCAUUUCUUAAUUUAUCAGCUGAGGACAGAAACGCUGAAGCAAAAAAGAAAAAAUUAUGUUUCAAAUGCCUUAACAGCUUUCACGGACGAAAUUGUAAAACUCCUAAUUGCAAGGAGUGCCGUGGAUAUCAUAAUACGCUAUUACAUAAAUUCAAGGCAGUUUCUGAAACUCCAAGUAACAACAAUAAUGCAAAAUCAGAGAAUGUUGAGUCUGCGACCGUUAGCCAGGGAGUUGCCGUUGUAUCAACUAAGUGCGUAUCUACUUUAAAUAACUGUAACAUAAAGGUAGGCUCUCAAGUUCUUUUGUCAACUGCCAUAGUUUUGGUGCGUGAUGGAGAUGGGGCCUUGCAUGAAUGCCGAGCUCUACUCGACAGUGGCUCGCAAUCUAAUUUUAUCACGCGUGAAUUCAGCAAAAAAUUAAACUUAAAGCAGGAGGAGAUCAAUAUGUCUGUUGGGGGCAUAAGUAACAUGCCAAUAAAAAUCGCUCAACAAGCGCACACGACCAUUCAGUCGCGCGUAAAUGAAUUUAAGAUUACUCUUCCUUUCUUAAUUAUUGACAAGAUUACAGAACAAUUGCCGAUAUACAGAAUAAACAAAGCAGUAGUAGACAUUCCAAAUAAUUUAGAAUUAGCGGAUCCAACGUAUCACAUUCCUCGUGACGUGGAUAUACUAAUAGGAGCCUCCAUAUUCUGGGAUCUCAUGCGUCAAGGACAAAUCAGAGGAUCAAACCGAUCUCUCGUGUUUCAAGAAACUCUUCUGGGCUGGAUCGUUGCAGGUUCCCUAACAGCGACUAACGCGUGCCAAAGAAAGAAAUCCUAUUGUGGGAUGACUAUAACCUUGUAUAAGCAGCUCGAAAAACUUUGGAGUAUGGAAGAAAUAGAGCAAUCAUCACCCAUCUCUGAAGAAGAAAAAUUAUGUGAAGAGCACUUCUUAAAGACGCAUGUCAGAGACCCAGAAGGUCGAUUCAUAGUUCGGUUACCGCUGAAGGACAACAUUGACGAGUUAGGCGACUCCAGUGUAGCAGCGGCAAAACGUUUUAAGGCAAUAGAGCGAAAGCUCAAAAGACAACCAGAACUUAAACAGGCCUAUCACGAUUUUAUAAUGGAAUACUUAAAUUUAAAUCAUAUGGAAGAAAUAUUGCCGGGACACGAGCAAUCUAAAUUGUCUUAUUACCUCCCACAUCAUGCAGUCACGAAGGAAGAUAGUGAUACAACGAAGAUCAGGGUGGUAUUUGACGCAUCAUGCAAGAGCUCAACUGGAAUAUCACUUAAUGAUUGUCUCAGGGUCGGACCCACGAUCCAAGAAGAUAUAUUCUGUAUUAUUCUUCGACUGCGUCAGCACCAAUAUGCCAUGUCUGCAGACAUUGCCAAAAUGUAUCGGCAAGUCAAAGUUGCCGAAGAACACACUUAUCUCCAGCGGAUUCUUUGGAGAUGGAACGAGGAGGAACCUAUCCGUACAUUUCGCCUCAACACAGUUACGUAUGGUUUAGCCAGUUCAUCUUUUUUAGCGAUUAGAUGCCUUCGAGAAGUAGCAUCGCAACAUCUCAAAGAGCAUCCUAAUGCAAGUGGUGCCAUAUUAAAUGAUUUUUACGUGGAUGACUUAUUAACGGGAGCAUCUACAAUUGAGGAUCUCAAGGAGCUAAAAGAAAACAUAGUUGAAAUACUGAUUAGCGCCGGGUUUGAUAUACGGAAAUGGAGAUCCAACGUUCCGGAAAUCAGCGAUCAAGAUACUCGCAAUAACUCCACAGUAAAAAUUGGAGAGCCCACAAAAAUACUAGGAUUGCAUUGGGACACCAACUAUGACACAUUCCAUUAUAAAUUGAGAUUCUCCGAAGAAGCAGGCAAGAUCACUAAACGCAAGGUGUUAGCCCAGGUGGCGCAGAUACACGAUCCCAUCGGAUGGUUGGGACCAAGCAUAGUUAAGGCAAAAAUAAUAUUACAACGCCUGUGGCAGACCAAUAUAGGAUGGGAUGACCCAAUUACAGGAGAAAUACUGGAAAUGUGGAGACAGUGGAGGUCUCAAAUUCACAAUAUUCAACAGAUUCAGAUACCCAGAAAGGUAAUAGAAGAUAGUCAGAGUCAAAUAGAAUUACACGGAUUCUGCGACGCAUCAGAGGCGGCAUACGGUGCUUGCAUAUACAUUCGCAGCAUUACAAGCAAAAAAAUAUAUACUGUAAGGUUAUUAUGCGCCAAAUCGAGAAUAGCUCCUUUAAAAAGAUUAUCAUUACCUAGGCUAGAAUUAUGUGGAGCAAUCUUAUUAGCGCGCCUUUCCGAAAAAGCUUCACAUGCAUUAAACAUUGCUACGCACAAUAUAUACUAUUGGAGCGAUUCAACGAUAGCUUUGUCAUGGGUCGGAAACGAGCCUAAUAAAUGGCACACAUUUGUCGCAAACAGGGUCGCUGAAAUCCAUCGCAUCACUAACAAGGCAGCGUGGUAUCACGUAAGGUCAGAAGAUAAUCCCGCUGACCCGCUGUCCAGAGGAGUCAAUCCUGAUAUACUAAAGUCAAAAACAAUUUGGUGGGAGGGUCCAAAAUUCCUACAGCAGGACACGAAAAUACAGCCAUACGAUUGUAAGGGCAAUGAAAAUCACAUACCAGAAAGACGUAAGGUAAAUCCAAUGGCUCUCACGUCAAUUAAACUUGAUUCAGAUAUUAUUAAAAGGUUUUCAUCAUUUACUAAGUUAAAGCGCGUAAUAGCUUACUGUUUUCGUUUUAAAAACAAGUCUUUAAAAACUGCAAAUAAGUCCACCGGACCAUUAACGGUAGAGGAAUUAGAGAUAGCUGUAACGGCAAUCGUUAAGAUCUGUCAAGCGAACGAGUUCGCACAAGAAUUAAAGGAUCUGCGUAAAAAUAAAGCGGUAGAUAUAAAAAGCAAACUCUCAACGUUGCAUCCAUUCAUUGAUUCUAACGGUGUUAUUCGUGUUGGGGAAAGGUUCCAUCACGCACCAAUAGAAUAUACACAAAAGCACCCUAUCGUAUUGCCAAAAAAGCAUCAUCUCACUGACUUAAUAAUAAAGGAUGUGCAUUAUAAAAAUCUGCACGCAGGAUCGCUAGCGGUUCUAGCAUCAAUACGUAACAAUUUUUGGCCAAUAGCUGGUAAGAGCGAAGUGCGUAGAAUAUUAAGAAAGUGUAUUGUUUGUUUUCGCGCAAAGCCAACUAGCUUGAAUCAACUGAUGGGAGAUCUGCCGGCGGUUAGAGUUACUCAAGCCAGAGCUUUUCUUAAUACCGGAAUAGAUUAUGCAGGCCCAUUUAGUAUAAAAAUAUCGAGAAAUAAGACAGGCAAAUCCUAUUUAGCAAUUUUCAUAUGUUUAGCCACGAAAGCCGUACAUUUUGAAUUAGUGUCUGAUUUGACUGCCACGGCCUUUCUCAAUGCACUAAAGCGAUUUAUUUCCCGAAGGGGAAAAUGCAUAACGUUAUACUCUGAUAAUGGUACUACAUUCGUAGGCGCCAAUAAUCAAUUAGCAGAUUUAAAAGAGUGUCUUUUUAAAGAGACCACUCAAAAGCAAAUACAUGAUUACUUGGUUGAACAAUUCAUAGAAUGGAAGUUUAUUCCACCAUAUUCUCCACAUGUAGGGGGAAUAUGGGAAGCGGCGGUAAAAUCCGCAAAGACACAUUUGAGAAGGAUCGUUGGCACUAGCUUGUUGCACUUCGAGGAAUUAUAUACUGUCAUGACACAGAUAGAAGCGUGCCUUAAUUCGAGACCUAUCACCCCGCUUUCUGAAUGUACUACCGAUCUCGAAGCGUUGACUCCAGGUCACUUUAUUAUAGGUGAGGCAAUUACGGCCAUUCCGGAUCGCGAUUCUGCUCAAACUCCGUCGAAUCGUUUAACACGAUAUCAAUUACUUUCACAAUUAAAACAGCAUUUUUGGAAGCGAUGGUCGUCCGAAUACAUGUCGCAGCUACAGCAGCGUUUUAAAUGGAAAACUUGUAAACAAUUGAACUUAAAGGUAGGCACUAUGGUGCUCGUUAAGGGCGAAAAUACCCCUCCGAUGACUUGGCCAUUAGGUCGUAUCACUGAAGUCCAUCCAGGGCCUGAUGGAAUUAUUCGAUUAAUCUCUGUGCGCACUAAGCAAGGGAUAAGCAAACGAACUUUGCCCAAAAUUUGUAUUCUACCAUUAGAAGACAAUGUAAUCACUUGA